AUGUCCCUCAAAGUAUUUUUUGUAUUUUGCAUACUUGUUUCUUCAUUAGAUUCCUACAAAAUUUUAAUUUUUAAUCCAAAAUUGGGACAUUCUCAUGUUAAUUUUUUUGGACAAAUAGCAGAUAUAUUAGUUGAUGCUGGUCAUGAUGUUACUGUUCUUGUUGUAGAUAUGGAUCUUAGUAUAACUCAUCCUGGAACACAUAAAGCAAAAAUAUAUCAUAUAUCUGCUGAUCCUGUUGCAGCUGAUUUGUUAACUAAUAAAACAAGAUUAAAUAAAAUGUGGGAAACUUCUAAUUCAAUUUGGGCACAAUCAGAUAUGUUUAAUGAUUUUAUAAAAGGAGGUAUUUUAACAGCAAAAAAUAUAUUCCAUAAUAAAGAGUUGGAAAAAUUUGUUAAAGAACAAAAAUUUGAUUUAGCUAUUGCGGAAGUUUUUAAUAUAUAUAUAUUUGGUUUAUUUAAAGCAUGGGAAAUUCCAGCAACAAUUUCAGGUUCUGCUGUAGGAUUAAUGGAGUAUAAUUAUCGAACAUUUGGAUUACAUUUCCCAGCAAGUCAUAUUCCAACAUUAAUGCAAUUUUCUCAUGAUAAAAUGAUGUAUAGUGAAAGAUUUCAAAAUUUAUUAAGUUAUGUUUUUACAAUAAUUUGUAAUUAUCUUAUGGAAUAUGAAUAUACAAUAAAAAAUGAAUUUGACAAAAAGUAUGGUGAAGAUUUUUUUAAUUCAGAUAAAUUAAUUGCAGAUACAAGUUUUAUUUUACUCAAUUCAAAUCCUUAUCUAGAUAUACCAGGACCAAAAACUCCAAAAAUGUUAGAAAUAUCUGGUAUAGGUAUACCAGAAUGUAAACCAUUAAAUGAAUAUUGGAAUAAUAUUUUAUCAUUAAGAAAUUAUACAAUAUUAAUUUCUUUUGGUUCAUUUGCUAAAAGUUCAAUAAUGCCAAAAUCAAUGAAAAAUGGAAUUAUUGAAACAGCAAGAAGAUUACCAGAUAUAACAUUUAUUUGGAAAUAUGAAACUCCAGAAGAUGGAAUUGGAAAAGAUAUAAAAAAUUUAAUACUUAGUAAAUGGGUGCCACAAAAUGAUCUGUUAAAUGAUAGAAGAUUAUCACUUUUUAUAACACAUGGUGGGGCAAAUUCAAUUGUUGAAUUAUCAUUUAGAGGUGUUCCUGCAAUUGCAAUUCCUAUUUUUGCUGAUCAAUUUAAAAAUGCAAAAUUAAUUGAAAAACAUAACACAGGAAUAGUUAUGGAUAAAAGUUUAUUAACAGACUCAAAUCAAUUAUUUAAUAAUAUUAAAAAAAUUUUAACUGAUUCACAAUACAAAAAAAAUGCAUACCUAAUUUCACAACGAUUAAAUAAAAGACCAAUAGGAUCAAAAGAAUUACUUAUUCAACAUGUCAAUUUUGCCUGUGAAUUUGGCCAAUUACCUGUUCUUGAUUUGGAAAGUAGAUAUAUGAAUAGUAUUAUAUAUUUUAAUUUAGAUAUUAUUUUACCGAUAAUAUUUUUACAAAAUAUUUUUUACAAUCCAAAAUUUGGUCAUUCUCAUGUUAAUUAUCUUUCUCGAAUAGCUGAUUUAUUAACAGAAAUUGGACAUGAUGUAACUGUUAUAAGUGUUGAUAUUGAUAUGAAUAUAAAUCAUCCAGGAGCUUAUAAAGCAAAAGUUUAUCACGUUUCUGGAGAUCCUAUUGCUAUGGAUAUGUUAACUAAUAAAUCAAAACUUAAUGAUAUGUGGGAUACUGAAGAGUCAUUUUCAAAACAAUUAGAGCUACUUAGUGAUUUUUUUCGAAGUCUUUAUCUAACAUCAGUAAAAGUAUUUAAUGACAAAGAAUUAGAAAUAUUUGCUAAAAGUCAACAAUUUGAUUUAGCUAUAUCAGAAAUGUUUUCAAUUUAUUCAUUUGGACUUUUUAAAGCAUGGAGAAUUAAAAGUUAUAUCUCUGUUUCUUCAUUAGGUUUAUUAGAUAUUACCUAUGAAACAUUUGGUCUUGCUUUUCCAUCAUCCUUUAUUCCAACAUCAAUGAAUGCAAUGAGUGAUUAUAUGAGUUAUAAAGAAAGAUUUUCUAAUCUUAUAAUUCAUAUAAUGUCAAAACUUCAAGCAUAUUCUAUGAAUAAUUAUCAACUUUUACAAAAAGAAUUUGAUGCAAAAUAUGGUGAAGGAUUUUAUGAUGGACCAAAAAUGGUUGGUAACUCAUCAUACAUAAUUAUAAAUUCAAGUCCAUUUUUUGAUAUUCCUGGACCAAAAGCACCAAAAAUGAUUGAAAUAUCUGGAAUUGGUAUUUCAGAAGUUAAACCAUUAGAUGAGUAUUGGGAUAAAAUUAUGAAUUUAAAAAAAAAUACAAUACUUAUAUCAUUUGGAUCAUUUGCAAAAAGUUCAAAAAUGCCAAAAAAAAUGAAAGAUAGUAUAGUAGAAACAAUAAAAAAAUUUCCAGAUGUAACAUUUAUUUGGAAAUAUGAAACACCAGAAGAUGGUAUUGGAAAAGAUAUAGAAAAUUUAAUUUUAAGCAAAUGGUUACCACAAAAUGACAUUUUAAAUGAUAAAAGAUUAUCACUUUUUAUAAGUCAUGGUGGUAUUAAUAGUUGUAAUGAAAUUGCUUAUGCGGGUGUAAAAGCUUUACUUAUACCAAUAUUUGGUGAUCAAUUUAGAAAUGCUAAAUUAAUUGAAAAAAGAAAUAUUGGUAAGGUAAUGAAUAAGAAAAGUUUAUUAGAUCAAAAAUUAUUUGAGUCAAUGAUUAGAAAACUAUUAGAAAGCAAAGAAUUUUCAUAUAAUGCAAAAAGGACAUCUGAUUUAAUAAAAAAUUCACCUAUAAAUUCAAAAGAAUUACUUGGAAAAAUUGUAGAAUUUUCAGCCAAAUUUGGACCAUUUCCUGAUCUUGAUAUGGCUAGUCGUAAAAUGAGUAUUAUAAAAUAUUACAAUUUAGAUAUCAUUUUACCAAUAUUUACAUUGAUUUCAUUAUUUAUAUUAAUUAAUAAUCCUAGUAUUGGUUUUUCACAUGUUAAUUUUUUUUCACAUCUUUCUGAUAUUCUUGUUGAAGCUGGUCAUGAUGUUACGGUGUUAACAAUUGAAAUGGAUACUACAAUAAAACAUCCAGGAACUAAUAAAGCAAAAAUUUAUCAUGUUCAGGGUGAUUCUGAGGCCAUUAAUUUAUUAUCAAAUAAAUCAAAGUUACAUCAAAUGUGGGAAACAGAAGAUUUACCUACCAGUAAAAUAGAUGUAAAUUUUUCAAAAGGAUUAGAAUUAACGGCAAAUAAAGUUUUUGAUGAUAAAAAGUUAGAAACAUUUAUGAAAAGUCAAAAUUUUGAUAUUGGAAUUUCAGAAUGGUAUACAAUAUACAUGUUUGGUCUUUUUAAAGCUUGGAAUAUAAAAACUCACAUAUCUGUAUCUUCAGUUGGUUUCUUAAGUUUUAACUAUGAACAAUUUGGUAUGCCAUUUGCAAGUUCUUUUAUACCAAAUGCAAUGCAAAUGUCUACAGAUAAAAUGACAUAUUUUGAAAGAUUAGAAAAUUUGGUAGGACAUUUGUUAAUUAAAAGUUUUAUAUCAAAAGGAAAUCAUAAAGCAUUUUUACAUGAAAAAUUUGAAAAAAAGUAUGGGAAAAAUUUUUUUAAUGGAUAUAGAGCUCUAGGUGAUACCUGUUAUUUUUUUUCAAACUCUAAUCCAUUUUUUGAUAUUCCAAUUCCAAAACCUCCUAAAGUUAUAGAUAUUUCUGGAAUUGGAAUAAAAGAAUCAAAACCAGUAGAUAAAUAUUGGGAUAAUAUUUUAUCAUUAAAAAAUAAAACAAUUUUAAUAUCUUUUGGUUCAAUUGUUAAAAGUAGUUUAAUGCCAAGAAAGAUGAAAGAUAGUAUAGUAGAAACAAUAAAAAAACUUCCAGAUGUAACAUUUAUUUGGAAAUAUGAAACACCAGAAGAUGGUAUUGGAAAAGAUAUAGAAAAUUUAAUACUUAGUAAAUGGAUUCCACAAUAUGAUCUUUUAAAUGAUCAAAGAUUAUCAUUGUUUAUAACACAUGGUGGGAUAAAUAGUUGUAAUGAAAUUGUUUACAGUGGAAAAGUUGCUCUUUCAAUACCAAUAUUUGGGGAUCAAUUUAAAAAUUCAAAACUUUUAGAAAAAAGAAGAAUGGGUAUGUCUAUGAAUAAAAAAUUGAUAAGUGAUUCAAAUAUAUUUGAAAAAUACAUUCGUGAAUUGUUAGAAAAUAAUGAAUUUAAAAAAAAUGCUGAAUUAAUAUCUAAAAUGUCAAAAAAUAAUCCUGUUAAUUCAAAAGAAACUUUUAUAAAACAUAUACAAUUUUGUGGUACUUUUGGUAAUAAUUCAUUACUUGAUUUAGAAAGUAGAAAUAUGGGAAUAAUUGUUUUUUAUAAUCUUGAUAUUAUAAUACCCUUUAUAAUAUUAUCAUUAACUUUAAUAACAUUUAUUUUAUGGUAUAUAAUUAAAAUAUUUAAAAAAUGUUAUACUAAAAAAAAUAAAAUUGACUAA